CUGGAGAGGAGCAGGAGAGAAGAGGAGAAUGGCAGAGAUGUGUGACCCCAAGGAGCCGGGUGACCCGGAAGAGGAGAUGUUUGGGGGCCAGAGAACAACUAAAAAGUACACGGGACUACUCAGGAGCUCAAGGAGCUUGCCAGGGUGUCUGACCCAGGCCCAUCUGCCUCUGCUGCUGCUUCUCAUCUCUUUGGGUUUCUUCAUGCUCCUGGUGACCACCCUGGUUCAAGUCUCCAGGAUUCGCCAAUCCCUACAGAAAGAGACAUGGGACCAUCAGGAGAACCCCAGUCAAGUGGAUGUUUCUCAGAAGUGGACACGAUCAGACCUGGAUGAGAUCCUCCAGCAGCUAACCUGGAUGAAUGCCACCCUGGCUGGCCUGUGCCGCCCCUGUCCCUGGAAAUGGGAACUCUUCCAGGAAAGCUGCUACUUCUUCUCCCAGACCCAAAACACCUGGAAAGAGUCCAUCUCCGCAUGUCAGAACUUGAGGGCCCAGCUGGUGAUCAUCAAUAGCACUGAGGAGCAGAAAUUUCUGAAGUCUUGGAAUACGAGAAAUAACCAGCGCACCUGGAUUGGUCUCAGUGACCACCACAAUGAGGGUUCCUGGAAAUGGGUGGACAACACUCCCCUCCAACUCAGCUUCUGGAAAGAAGGGGAACCCAACAACCAUGGAGACGAGGACUGUGUAGAAUUGUACAGUGAUGGCUGGAAUGAUAACAAAUGUAGUACGGAAAACUUCUGGAUCUGCAAGAAGCCCUCGUCCCCCUGCCCUGGCCCCUGAGAGCCAUUGCUCUCCAGACCCCACCAGUCUCCAGAGAUCAGGCAGCCUGGGUAUGUGUUCUGCUGGUUUCUCUCUGGUCCCAUUCUUUCAGCUUCUCUCUCUGGUGAAUUCUAUCCUCCUCCUGCAUGGAGGUCUUUGAGAUCCAGAGAGAGAGAGAGAGAGAAAGAGAGAGUCUGAGGCCCCCCCCUUCUCUUUUAAGUUCUGUCUCUCCAUGGGCUGUAGACCUCUCCCCUCUUCUGUUGAUGGUCUCAGCCCCCCAGCCCCCCAUGACAUCCCCUUAAUAAAGUCGCACAUUGCAUCAUGUGCUCCUUUGAA